ACUACAUCAGUGUGAUUGUUUGCUCAAAGGACCUGGAACACAUUUCUAUCCUACUGGGUGAAGACUUUAUUUUUUGUUCUAGUACUAAUCCUGCUAUGUGGGUAUGAGGCUGACUCCAUGAGGGAUCUACAACAACAACUUGAAGAGAUCUACUGCUGAGACACCUGGAUUUAGGAUAUCUUUGUUUUAAAUUUAUACUUGUCUUCCUCGCUACAGAGACAUGGUGCUCUGGAUUAUCUUCCCUAUCACCCUCUCCCUGGUGUCCCUCAUCGGAACAUGGACCGUAUAUGGCCUGGCCUUCUCCAACAAUCAUGUCUGUUCCCUCAGUGACUGGGGUAGUGACAACUUCUGCAAAGGGAAUCAGACCACUGAAUGCUGCCGGGUUCCCACCAUCAGCACAAGUGGAACAAACUCACCUGAGAAUUCCCUUUUUACAGCCACAAUCAACGCAGGAUCCUUUCUGUUUCUAGUGUUCUGUAUAUUCCACCAUGCCCAUAUUAUGGAGAAGCAUGCAUGCAAUUCCAUGCUUAGCAAGGUUGCGCUGGUGUUUGGUGUGGUGGCAGCCAUGGGGGCUUUUGCAGCCGGAAACUGUAACCCGGGAUACCUGGCCCUCCUUCACUACCUCGGAGCUGCCGUCAGCUUCAUGUGCAUCUGCUUCUACACCAUCCUGCUCACCGUUCUAACAGGAAAGUGUGUGCUGACAGGAUAUGAAAAGGUUCUCUACCCACUGCGCAUCAUCUCCACCAUAGUGCAAACCAUCGUGACCAUCUGCUACACGAUUUUAUUCGCCCAGGACGAGUACUAUUACCUCCACGUGUCUGCUGUAUUUGAGUGGAUGCUGAGCGUCAACCUGGAGCUGUUUGAGCUCAGCUACGCCGUGGAGUUUUGCUUCUUCUCGUCCUACAUGCUUUCGAACCUGCUGAGCAAACGAGAGGAAGAAAAGCCCUUGAUGAUGAGGAUGUCCUGAUAUAAGGCGGCCAGGGUCCAGCUGAAACACACGGGCACUGAGGAUGGACUGAGUAAAGCGUCUGUAAAUACAGUGGCUGGAUCGUGGCUGAAGGACUAAUAGUGGUUUUUAUUUCAGUCUCUGCUGGGAUGGAUUUACACCCGUUAAUGGACGAUGACCACUUUAAUUCCACCCUCUUGGGACUGGUUCUUAAAAUUGUAAGACUUUAUGUACUGGACAUUUCUUUACCAAAAGGUAGAACAUUCUAUAUUUAUUGAAACAAACCACCUUGUACAGCAAAUGAACAAAACAUACCAGUUGGGUGUUGUGCACGUUGUGUAGACACUUUGCCAACAGAACAAUUCAUCUGAGGUGUCAAACUCUGAAACUGAUCUUUUAUUUAUAUUUGUAAAUUAGUUGGAUAAUCAAAUCUAAACUAAGAACGUCUCCAAAAUCACACAUUUAUUUAAACAAAAUCUACAUCUAAGGUCCUGCUUAUAGCUUUGGCACUUUAAUAAAACUUUGACAACCUUACUCUGACAGUCCUGUUGUUGUGCUGAGACACAGACAUGACUCUGAGGCUCCGUCAGAAGGGCGGAGGACUUUGUGAUACAAGCAUUCAGGUACGUCAAGUCCCCAUGACGCCACAAGAUCCUGUUUGACUGGAUGAGUGACGUUCAGACGUUUUGACAGUUUAAUCAGUCAAAGGAGACGCCGUCACCUUUAUGCGCCCAGUGGCAGAUCCAGAAACAUGAUGUACCAUAGUUGUUAAACAGAGUUCAUACAAUGCUGUCAGUUUACUUUCCAGGACAAAGAUUUUUGUAUGUGGUUUGUUUAACAUGCACAGAAGACACACGGGAGUAAUGAUAUGUGAACCUAAUUCACUUUGAGACCCUAAAAACAGAUUUUCAUCAAGUGUCUUGACUAUAAUAUUUUGACAUCUUUUAUUGUUCACCAGGUUUUGUAUCUACAGCCUAUUUUGUUUUUCUCCGUGGUUUUGAAGCGGUGUGUCAUCAAAACAACACCAACCAGUGUUUAAGUAACAUUUGAAUAACCACAGAAUAGCUGAGUUUUUCCAUUGUGAAACUCAGGAUGUUUUUCUGAGGUUAAACAUGGAGUGUUGCUUUUAUAAUCAAUAUUUAAUGUUAUAGAGAAAGGCCUUUAAAAUGGCUAUAAGGUCUACUGUGUGCAAACAAUGAAACUAUGUGAAACUCGCUAUUCAUGAUAAUACAGCUACUGAGAAUUAAUAGUGAAUUAAUAGCUUGUCUUAAUAAAAAUGCUCUAAAUAUCCCACUCUACACUAGAUUGUUAGCAUCAGGCAGAGUUAAUGGGUAUCUGGUGAACACAGUGGAGCAUUUAGCAGCUAAAGAGCCAGAAAUGUUCCCCAGGAGUCGGUAGAGACUAACAACAGCUACAAGAGCUAAUAGCAGAUUUAGAAUUUGUGGUAAUGACUCCAAAUGAAUGUUGUUCCACGCAGGCUUCACGUGUAAGUAAGUGUUUGCUAACAAGCUUUUAAAGCAAAAAGUCAGUGUAAUUUUCUCAUGUUAUAAAAGAAAAUCCUCUUUUUCACAAUUCAGCGCCACACUUCACUGUGAAACGAUAACAAAAUUAGACAACCUGGUUCUGGUUUUAAUGCAAAGCACUUAACCUUUACUUGAAAGAAGGUAAUAUACAUCCUGGAAUUACAGAUAAUAAAGAUACAUUAUGAGCAAAAUCAUUUCACAAUGAAUAUCAUCUUUCUUUUCGCAUCAACCGAGAGAGGAGUGCGACAAUAUCUACAGUUUUUGUUAGGAAGAAAACAGUGAAAAGCACACCUAAUUCUGUCAGCAUCUUUACUGUAUGGUACACUGUAAAAAAUGUCAUCUAUAUGCAGUAGUCCACAUUAUUAACCUUCAUAACAAAAAAGAAAAAAAAAAAA